CGUCGCGCCACUGAGAGCCUUUUCAUCUUCCGCCGCCGAGGAGUACUCACGCGCGCUGCUGAGCGAGGUUAUUUAAAAAUGGCGGACGCGUCGUCUUCCGACACUACCUCAGACUGUUGCAACGAGUGUUUCUCUGACAUUACGUCGGAAAAAUCUGAAUACGUCGUAGUGGGCAGGAAGCCGUGUCCGUCUCAUCGACGUAGCAAGCGGCAUUUUCUGCAAAAACUGUUGAUAAGAGAGAUAAGAGGAUGCCUUUCAGCGCACAAUUAUGCAUCAGAAGAAAGAUUGUUUGCAACAGUACCUAAAUGGCGACAUUUGUCUCUUUUACAUGUAAUGCCAAAGUCGGCGCUGGAAGCGGGGCACAUUAUAAUGGGACUGACACAAUGUGGUCAGUUUCUACUCACAUAUACAUACACACUGGAGGUCAGUAUCACAUCCCUGUAUAAAUAUCUGCUACAUUGGUGGACCUUCACACCGAAUCGUGUCGCUCGCAAAGUCGCUGAAGUUACAUUGUUUGGCAAUUAUACAAUUUAUAGAGAAUUAAGCAUAGUUAUAUCGCAAUGGCCAAUGGAACGUAAUAAGCUUGUAAUACACGGUCUCUGUACAAAUUUUAUCCCCUUGCAAAUAACUGAUAGAGCGUAUUUAACGAUAACGACAGUGCCGUCUCUCGAGAACUGCAAGGAUUGCUUAAAGGUUGCUGCAGCAUACGAGGAAGAGGGUGAAGAAUUAGCUGCAAACUGGGACAGUUGCGUACGAUGUAACUGUCUGCAGCAUGGACUCACAGUACACACCACGUACGAAGUCAUCUCACCGUAUCCGAAAUUUCGAGCCACAGUGUGCUUAAAUUACUGGAAUCAUGUUGUGGUCAAUACGGGAAAUUUCUUACAUGUGCUCAGAGUAGACUUAAAUAUACCCAAGUCAAAGAAUCAGAAGACAUACGAUAAGCAAGAUUCCGUGGUUCCGGAUACGAUCCCGUUGGAUAUGAGUGACGUCGAAGAAACGGAUUAUUCAACGAGGACAGAGCGAUACGAGAGUUCAGACGAAAAAGCGGGUACGCCAGAACGCUCCAUCGAUCGAUCUCCCAAAUGCGAAUCUAUCAUGGAGCAAGAUUUUCUGGAUGAGCCGGCGAGUAAGCUAGACGAUAAGUUAGGACGCGAUUUACCGUUAAAUACCUCGAGCAGCAAUCAAAGCGACUAUGUCUGUGAUAUAAGUAAGUCUACCGACGCUUUAAGUGUUAAGUCGUGCGAAUGCCCGGACGGGGCCGAAUGCAAGUGUAACCGAAGUAACAGCAGUCCUGUUAGUCGCGUCAACGAGCAGACUGCCAUAUCGGUCCGCGACAAGAUUCUGCAGGACUUCUGCGAGGAUAUGACGCAGGAGCUUAACAUCGGUAACGAUCUCAUCACAUUAGUGAAACAUCCGUCGUGCUCACCUCGCUCGACGCCGCAGAGAUUGCCAACCGAUCUCAAGGCGAUGACGUCGUGGUCGUCGCCGAUCCUCACUCCGCCCUCGGACAUCCUGCGCACCCGCAACUCGGAAUCUAGUCAGCACAGAAUCGUCCAGCGUCCGAUAAGCCAACGUCCGAGCUCGCCGCAACCGGGCGCCUCACAGGACAGCAACAGCGGUAACGUGGCUUCCAUAAAUUCGCCGCUGCAAUCCGUGUCGAUCAGUCCUUCUUCUUCGUGCUCAUCUCGCCUGAUGUCACCGCCCAUCACGCGCUCUUUUCGUCAGCCAAGUCCUCGCAAAAGAUCAAGUUUACAUUCACCGCCGCCCACCAUUGUGAAUACAACGCAGUCGAGGACCAUCCGAGCGACGCAUAAGCUUAUCCUCGAGGCGGAAAAAGCGUACGAGUUCACCGACGAGGCACAAGAAAUGUGUGAGAAGCUCAGUUCAUUCAGGAAGCGCAGACUCGCCGAUAAGAAGUACGAAUUUUGCGAUGAGACAGAAGACGCGGAGAACAUAGUUCCUUUCAAACACAUACGCGAUCAAUUUAGGCAUCGCACUUGCUCCAUACACCAGAUACCCUCGUCUCCGGCGAUGUCACCGGUAUUGCCGAAUGGUAGGAGGCAUUGGGUCGACUCGGAUCAAAGUGAAUCGGAUGAAUUGAAUCUCAGUCAGGACGUCAGUAUAGCAAACGAUUUGAAUCCCGAAACAGCUGAGAAAAACGUAUUGCGGCCGUUGAAUCAAAAUCAGUUGUCCAAUGGAAACGUAUAUAGAGAUCGCGUUGGCAAGUGUUGUCCGAGUUUCUCUCCCUUAGUUCCUCGAAAUAACUUGCAGUAUCCUAUGAUAAAGUGCACCGCGUGUUUCAAACGGAGCUACAUAGAGCUCGACGACGAAAUGAUAUCAGUAAUUACAGACGUGGAAGAUGAAGAGACAGGAGGAUAUGUGAGUUACCAAUGUGUGCUUCCAAUGCAUGUUCACGGUUCCGGUUACGUUCAGAUGCAAAUGAUCAGCAACAGUAAAGCGGAAAAACUGAUAGUGCCGAUAGUCUCUAUAACUCAAUUGAGUUUCGAUAUUGAGACUUUUUCUCAUCAUAUAGCAGACUGGAUUUGCACGAGAUUUAAAAAAAAGUAUUGGCAUUGCAGCGACUAUGACAUUGAAGUAAUCGAUGUAUGCGCACUUAGUGGAGACAUCAUAUGUUUGCAUAUAAUGAAGAUCGAAGCAAGUGAAUUGUGCAGUCAAACGCAAUGUUCGCAAGAGAGAAAGCUGUAUGAAAUUGGCUGUAAGUUCACUUGGAAUAUCGACACAAGCCAAUAUAGAAUAACGGACGUGCUACCGAUGGAGGAAGUCAAACCAGAGUCCUUUAAGCAGAGUCACACGGAUGUACCGAAUUUUCGUAGUCAGUUGUGGAAUCCGACACGUCGCUUGGCUGCGCAGUUACGCGAGAAAAUUCAACAGCCGUACGCGCAUACCGUGCGUUUCCUUCAUAACGAGAUGAGCUUAACAGGCGAAUCUAUAACCAAGCUCACCGAUCUGGACAAUCUGGUGCAGUUCUACAUCACGCCGAUGCCAAACGACGCCUUAAUAGAAUGAAGAGACUAUAAAAUUAUCGUAUUUCUUCACUGCAAACAAUAAUUUAUUUAUUAAUGCAAACUCCGCCGUUUUCGUUCUUAUUGAGCGUGACGUAAUAUAUAGAAACUUAUCCGUGUUAUUCGUAACAAAUGACAAGAGAGUACCUUCCUUUCAAUACAGAAUAAAUGACAAAAUACUGACAUUAGGAGAAAUAUAUAUAUAUAUAUAUAUAUAUAUAUAUAUAUAUAUAUAUAUAUAUAUAUAUAUAUAUAUA